AUGGAGUGGGCAGCAGGUCGAGGGACGCGGUACGGCAGCGCCCGCGGGUCUGAGACCCCAGGCUGCCCAUCCUUUGCGUUCGACCCAAGACGGCGAGAAAGGCGGCUGCGGCAGAUGGCAGCGGCCCGCUCACCCGGGGCGGGCCGGCGCGGAGGCGGAGCCGGCGCUAGCUCCCCGGACCUGGGGCCUGCGCGCGGCUUGCCCCCACCCCCGGGGGCUCCUCGUUUCGCCCGGCCACCGGAUGCUCUGCGGACUCGGUCGCCGGGCACCCGGGGUGCAAGUCAGGCCGGCAGAGAUAUCACCAAUGGAAUUAGGGGAGGCACCCACGCCAUCGGGUACAAGAUUCCGGGAGGUGCCCUGCCCCGGGCCCGCGGGGCCAAGAGGCGUGGGGGACAGGUCCCCAACGGGCUUCCGCGGGCUCCCCCUGCCCCGGUGAUCCCGCAGCUGACUGUGACAGCCGAGGAGCCGGACGUACCCCCGGCCAGCCCGGGGCCGCCGGAGCCGGAGGGUGGCUGGCUCCCGGCCGUGGGCUCCUCACACCUGCAGCAGCCGCGCCGCCUCUCCACCUCGUCGCUCUCCUCCACUGGCUCCUCGUCGCUGCCCGAGGACUCGGAGGACGAUCUGCUGAGCGACAGCGAGAGCCGGAGCCGCGGCAACGUGCAGCUGGAAGCCAGCGAGGACAUGGGUCAGAAAAGCCACUGGCAGAAGAUCCGGACCAUGGUGAAUCUGCCCGUCAUGAGCCCUUUCAAGAAGCGCUACGCCUGGGUGCAGUUGGCUGGGCACACGGGGAGUUUCAAGGCGGCUGGCACCAGCGGGCUGAUCCUGAAGCGCAGCUCGGAGCCGGAGCGCUACUGCCUGGCGCGGCUCAUGGCGGACGCGCUGCGCGGCUGCGUGCCCGCCUUCCACGGCGUGGUGGAGCGCGAUGGCGAGAGCUACUUGCAGUUGCAGGACCUGCUCGACGGCUUCGAUGGGCCCUGCGUCCUUGACUGCAAGAUGGGCGUCAGGACUUACCUGGAGGAGGAGCUGACCAAAGCCCGCGAGCGGCCCAAGCUGCGGAAGGACAUGUACAAGAAGAUGCUGGCGGUAGACCCUGCGGCGCCUACCGAGGAGGAGCACGCGCAGCGCGCCGUCACCAAGCCGCGCUACAUGCAGUGGCGAGAAGGCAUCAGCUCCAGCACCACGCUCGGCUUCCGCAUCGAAGGCAUCAAGAAAGCUGACGGCUCCUGCAGCACCGACUUUAAGACCACGCGAAGCCGGGAGCAGGUGAUUCGCGUCUUCGAGGAGUUUGUGCAAGGGGAUGCGGAAGUGCUGAGGAGGUAUCUGAACCGCCUGCAGCAGAUCCGGGACACGCUGGAGGUCUCUGAGUUCUUUAGGAGGCACGAGGUGAUUGGCAGCUCGCUACUCUUCGUGCACGAUCACUGCCAUCGCGCGGGUGUGUGGCUCAUCGACUUCGGCAAGACCACGCCCCUCCCCGACGGCCAGACCCUGGACCACCGGCGGCCCUGGGAGGAGGGCAACCGCGAGGACGGCUAUUUGCUGGGGCUGGACAAUCUCAUUAGCAUUCUGGCCAGCCUGGCAGAGAGAUGAGGCUGGGCCCCAGUUCUAACAGAUGGAUCUGCGGCUGCGUCCCCGCCAUGCAUGCCGGAGAGAGACUGAAACCCCGCGCUGCGGGGCGGUUCACACGGUUCUGCAGGGCCAGGUGCCAACCACUAUGGGACGCACUGCACGCGCUGGGGGCUGUCCCCCAUACAAGACCCAGAGUUCCCAGAACCGAUGGCACUAAUUAACAGAAGGGGGUGGGGGAGGGGUGGCUGGGACAAUGGGCUCCUUCCUCAGCCCAGCUCUUCUGAGGGGGCUGCAUAUCUCUCUCGAGAGGCCAGAUAAUGAAUUUUAUUUUGCAGGCACUAGAUCUAUUGGUCUAACUUCCCACACUACAAUGGACAGCCUUUCCCAAUAAAACUCAAAAACA